AUGGCAUCAAUGCAGCAUCAUCCCCACCACACGCCGCAAGGUCCCCCUCCACCUCCGCACCAUCUACAACAACAACCGCGACCUUCGAGCAUCGUGCAUCAGCAUCAUCAGCAAGCUCCUCCCCAACCACAACAUUCCAACGCGUAUCCUUCAGGGCACGCGAUACCUCAAUAUCCACAAACUGCUACAGGACCUGGUGGUCAACAUCAAGAACUUCCAUAUUACCCAACUCACCCAAGUCCUUACAGUACACCAAGCGCAUCUGGUACAUAUUCAUCCGCAGGUCCAGAAACACCAGACAUUAUGGCGGCUACUCAACAUAUGGCGCGAGCGCCGUAUCCUCCGAUUUACCAAACUCCUCAAUCCAACUCCCCCGCCUCUGUUGCAUCGCCUGCACAUGAGAACAGGAUGUACGCGCCAUCAUCACAAUUGCAGCAAAACCCGCAGAUGUAUUAUCCAGGGCCACCGCAGCAGCAAUAUCCUCCUCCUAUGGCCCAAGGAGGGCCUUCUCCAUAUGCGCAACAGCAGCCACCUCCGCAACAGCAGCAACAUCAUCAUCAGCAGUCCAUGACCUCACAGCCAACACUGCUCAUGUCGCAUCAGACAAAUCAACACCCGAUGCAGCAACAUCCUAAUCAACACCAACAACCAGGUAUGACCGGUAGCCCAAGAACGAAGAUGGAGCCACACGUACCACAAAUUGCACGACCAAAUCCACCAUUAGGAGCUCAGCAUUCUGCAAGUGGUACACCUCAAAUGCAAUCUAACAAUGUGCCUGGAAACGGGGGUAGCGGGGUUAAUCCAAACGCUGCGCCGGGUCCAAUUCCAGCAACCACCCCCCUCGUUGUGCGACAAGACAACAAUGGAGUUCAAUGGAUUGCAUUUGAAUAUUCCCGCGAUCGUGUCAAGAUGGAGUAUACCAUCAGAUGUGAUGUUGAGUCUGUGAACGUUGAGACCCUGACCCCGGAAUUUAAAACGGAGAAUUGUGUUUACCCGAGGGCGUGCUGCAGCAAGGAUCAAUACAGGGGAAAUCGAUUGGUUUACGAAACUGAGUGCAACACUGUCGGGUGGGCCUUGGCAGAAUUGAACCCUUGCCUACGUGGCAAACGUGGAUUAAUACAAAGAGCGGUCGAUAGUUGGAGAAACAGUAAUCAAGAUCCACGAUUGAGAAGUCGAAGAGUUCGAAGAAUGGCGAAAAUUAACAAUCGUAAAGCGGUUCAAGCAGCUACCUCCCACAAUCCUCAUAUGACCGGUCCUAGUCCGACAGGGAUGCCACCUUCUGCGAACAUGGGCCCUGGCGGCGCGGGAAGCAUGGGCAAACCUAACCUUGGCGGCAUGGGUGGUCCUCAACUUCAUCACCACCACGCUCACCCGGAUGGAAGCAAUCAAGGAGGAGAAGAAGUCGGUGACGAAGAAUAUAUGGAUGAGAACACUCACCAUCACCAUCAAGCUCCGAUUGGGCAAUCAGCCAACUCUGGAGAUGAUGUGCGACAAGGUCAAGCUUUCCCCGGCUUUUCCAGCAACUACCCUUCAAGUUCGUCAGUAGGUGGAGCUUCCAUGGUUCCGGGUAAUCACGACGGACGCCCAUUGCCUCGCUCGGCCCACCCAAUCGCUGCACAAUCAAGAGAGGAAGAAGAUGGUGUUGACGUUUUUGGCAAUGUUCCCGAAGCAAAAAAGCGCAAGUUCAUCUUGGUUGAGGAUCCGAUAAAGCAAAGUCGUAUUCGUGUCCGAGUUACCUUGGAUACGGUUGACAUCAAUGAGAUUCCGGAUUCAUUCCGAAAGAGUAACUCGGUCUAUCAACGUUCUUGGUUUCCAUUGCAAAUGCAAUCGCCCCCUCCAUCGGCUAACGGCAGUCAAUUCUUCCAGGAUGAUGAUAGCGAUGAUGAAGUUGAUGGAGGUCGAGGUCGAUCCCGACGUGGCAGAAAAAUGGUUGCUGUUCAAUUGCCAAACGGUGAUGAGGGCGAAAUCCCUAUACCAAGAAUGCGCAAGUCUCAAAGAGCGUUGGAGGUCAAGCUAAAUGACUUGGGAUAUAGAAUGACCUGGCAUCAAAGCAGAACAUUUGCGGACAAGUCCGUUUUCUUACAAAAAGCUCUGGAUGCAUGGCGCAACAAGGUUAAAGAAAACAUUGGAAAUGCUGGGAGAGAUGUCACUGCUAUUCCUCAUUUCGAUACUCGUUCUGGAAAGCGACGCUGGUUAGAAAGCACCAAGAAACGCGAGCAACAAGAAACGGAACCUUGA